UUUUCUUUUGAACGUUAGUGUAGCGCAUUUGUGUCUGGCCUUCUGCGCGGACAUCCCGCCUCACUAUCAGGACCCCAGCCAGGGAAAAUGGCGGCGCCCACCCAAAUCGUCAGGGAGUUUGAAAACUGGCUGAACGAGCGGUUGGACUCCCUCGAAGUAGACAGAGAAGUUUACGGAGCAUAUAUACUCGGAGUGCUUCAGGAAGAGGAAAACGGUGAAGAGCAAAAGGACGCUCUUCAGGGCAUCCUGUCCGCUUUUCUGGAAGAAGACACGCUUGAGGAGGUUUGCCAGCAGAUCUUAAAACAGUGGACUGAGUGCAGCAGAUCUGCAGUGAAGGGUACUCAGGGAGAUGCUGAGGUUCAGGCUAUUGCCAGUUUGAUAGAGAAGCAGGCACAGAUUGUGGUCAAACAGAAGGAGGUGUCGGAGGAAGCCAAGAAGAGGAAAGAGGCUCUACUGGCACAGUAUGCUCAUGUCACCGAUGAGGAGGAUGAAGAUGAUGAGGAAGAACCAGCUGCAGUGGGUAUACCCAGUGAAAAAUCCCCAGCCCUGUUCAAAAACACCAAUGUCGAGGAUGUUUUGGACCACCGCAAACAGCAGCGUGACCAGGCCAGAGAGGACGCAGAGAAGAAGAAAGAGCAGGACAAGAUGCAACGCGAGAAAGACAAACUAGCCAAGCAGGAGCGCAAGGACAAAGAAAAGAAACGCACACAGAAGGGAGAACGCAAGAGAUAGAGAGAAAAUACAGAGCAAGAAAACUUUUGUGGACUAUACGAUACCAAGGUCAUUUAUCUACAAGAGAAAAAUACAAUGAGACCUCAGCAAACAAUGCCCCAACUAACAAUGUAUGCAUCCAUAUCCUGUUUUGGGUCCGAUAGUGCUUAUGGAAUGAUAAUGUUGGGCCGAUUUAGCUGUUUUCUUGGCUUGUAAAAAAACAAAUGGCAAACCAGCAAACUGAG